AUGGGGAGGGAGGAAACGGGGGAGGGGGUCGCCAGAGAUGGAGUAAUCAAAGACGGCUUUGACGCCAUGGACGGGGACGAAGGCGGUGGUGUAGAGGUUAGGGUGGUUGAUCCUGCAACUUUGAUUUACGAUCCAGAGAUAGAAAGGACUGCAAAGAGGAUAAGACAACAUACCAAGCAGAGGAGGCAAGCAGAGGCUUCUACUUCACAUUCUGAAGCAGAAAAUUCUACUUCACACUUUGAAGUAGAAACAGAGAUGGCAGAAGAAAAUCCACCAGCAGCUGAGCUGAUGGAAUCAGUUUUGGCUCCUCAAUUCACAAGGCCAAACUCGAGUAUUGUCAAACCACCGAUUGCUGCUAAUAAUUAUGACAUCCAGCCAGCACUCAUCACCUUGGUUGAGAAAACUCAGUUUGGUGGAGAGGACUAUGAAGAUCCUCAUGACUUCAUAGACAGAUUUUUAAGGAUCUGUGAUACAACUAAACACAACGGAGUGUCAGACGAUGCGAUCAGACUCCGAUUGUUCCCGUUUGCAUUGACCGGGAGAGCUCUCAAAUGGUUGGAUCGACAAGCUCCCAACAGCAUCAGAACAUGGGAGGAUUUGGCGGCUAAAUUUUUUGCUGAACACUUUUCCAUGGAAAAGUACAAUAAGUUGGUGAAUGAAAUCACCAAUUUUACCCAACAACCAGGAGAGACUUUAUGUGCAGCCUGGACUCGAUACCAGGAGCUGAUCAGAAAGUGUCCACAAUAUGACUUGCCAGAUACAAAGAAGGUCAGAGUCUUCUAUAAUGGGAUGACGCCAGAAUGCAGAAUGAUUGUCAAUGGUGCAGCUGGUGGCACCAUAGGAAAGAAGACAGCAGAUGAGACUUUAGAGCUGCUGGAUUUAAUGGCAAGGAAUGAGAAUGCGUCUAUGGCAGCAGCAUUCCCAUCUAUUCAGCCCAAGAAAGGAAUUUUACAAUUGGGGAAUAAUGAUGCAUCACUAGCUGAGCACAAAGUGAUUUCCCAGCAAUUGGCCAAUUUGAAUGCCAAGCUGGACAAGAUGCAGCUCUCAACAUCCAAGGUUGAUAUAUUUAACUGUGAGUAUUGCAAGGAGCCGCAUGACACUAAUGAGUGCCCUACACUCAAUAAAGCUGAACCAUUCCAGGUCAAUGGAAUUUGGUAUGAUCCACGGCCUCCACAGAAUACUCAAGGUUACCAAAGGAAUCAGAAUGGCGGCCAAGGAAAUAACUUUCAAAGGAGGAACCAAGGGAGUGGCUUGGAUUAUAAAUCCAACAACUAUCUACAACCUCCUCCUCUGCCACAAAAAGAGCCAUCUGAGUUGGAGAAAGCAAUGAUACAACUGUCAAAGACCACUAAUGAUCACAUUAAUGAGACAAGAGCUUACCACAAGAACCAGGAUGCUUCCAUCCGGAACUUGGAGAGUCAGAUAGGCCAGUUGUCUAGGCAGUUGGCUGAAAGAACUCAAGGGCAGUUUCCUGGAGAUACUAUUGUGAAUCCUAAGGAAGACUGCAAAUCUAUUGUAACCAGGAGUGGAAUUGUGAUCACUCCUCAAGACAAGCAAAAAGGGGUUCAGAAAGUGAAGGUUGAUGAACCAGUGAUCGAGCCAGAGCAAGAAAAAGAGGUAGAAACGCCUGCAACUGAGAAAGAAGAACCUACAAGGCAAGACAAAGGAGACGCAAAAGAGAAAGCUGUUGAAGCUCCAAAGAAACCGAUGGAUUUUUCUCGUUUUGAGAAACCUCCUUAUCCUAUGAAGUUCAAGCAGCAAGCACAGAAGCAACAGUAUGCCAG